CCGGAUCUAGCGUAGUAUAUGUGAUGUUGGCGUUGGGAGUGGCUGGCAGCCAAGCCAAGCCAACCAAUCCCCCCCCCAAAUCAAACCAAAUCCCCAAUUCGCUUCGCCCCCAGCAACCCUAGCCCUUCCCUGAUGGAUCCGCCGCCCUCCAGGGAGGAGCCGGAGCUGGAGCCCGGAUCCCGUCCCUGCCCCGACGCCGACGAGCCGGAGACCUCCCCAUCGGAGCGCGACGACCCGGAGACCUUCCUACCGGAAUCGUCCGGUGCUUCGCCGCCGCCGCCUCUACGCCAGCAGCUCAUGGGGGCCUGCCGCGCCGACGAGCGCCUCAGGCCGCUCCUCGCCCUCAACGUCUCCUGCACCGCCGCCGACGACCGUUUCAUCGCGCACCUCGCGCAGCACUUCGAGGUGUCGGAGGUCGGCAUGCUCGCGCGAUGCCUCUGCGUCCCCCUCGUCUCCCUGCGCGUCGGCAAGGUUCAGAGGGACGGCGCCCUCCUCUGCCCAACACCCAUUAGAGGGAAGCUGAACCUCGGUCUUCUGCCGUCAUCUAGCAUGUGCCUUACUUUUGUUGGUGAUGAUGGUUAUUCAGAGCAACUAGCUCUCUUGAGCACCGGCUUUGAAUUUUUAGAUGUUGCAAUUGAAGAGAUAUCAGCUGAUAAUUCUGGGCGUUCUUUCCUAGUCAGAAUUUCAGAAUCUAAGGUAUUUUACUACUGGUGUGCUGAGAAGUCAAAGGAACAUGGAAUAGAACUUCUUGCAAAGAUGAAAAGCCUUUUGGACGGGAGGCCAACACUCUCUGAUCUGACUGGCAUCUCCAAUUCACGACUAGACGCUUUUGCCACUCAUUUACAUGCUUAUCUUCUUGCAUCAAGUAUUGGUGAUGUUAAAUCAUUAGGAUCACUUAAUGACUUUCUGGGCCUUUCGAGACCGCAUGAUCAAUAUUUGCAGCUCCAGUCAGCUGUUUCCAAGACUUCCAGGUUUCGUGCCUCUGCAACUAAUGCAACUAAGCCAAGCUCUGUCUAUCAAGCCAGCCUAAGUCCCAGAUCUGGCACUUUUAAAGAUGGUGUGCCAAGGGCCUCAUGUUCAAGGGUUGUUGGGAGAGAGAAACUGAAGCGUCGUGCAGAAUGGUCGAGCCCAUCAAUUGCUCCUCUUGACGCAAAUGACGUGACAACAAACAGUAUCAACUCUGAUUCUACCAGUGAGAAGUGCGAUGCAGAUUGUUCAAGAAGUACUGUUAACUCAGUUCCGCUGGACUUGCCUCUUUCAUUUCCCUUGCUGCCAUCUAUUUACUCUCUUGGCACUUGUCCCCCACCUGAGGUUUCUUUGGAGAAGCAGUUUAAGCCUUACUAUUGCUGGUGCCCUCCAUGUCCAUCUUCACUGCAAUACACUGUUACCCCUUUGCAUCUGCCAGCUACAUCUGUAGAUCCAUUGCCCCUAACACCUUUGAGUUCACUGCUAGCAAAUGAGCAGCCACCUUCUUCAGCAGCGUCCGCAAAGCUGGAUACAACUGAUCUCCCUUCCCUUAAUCUUCCAUCGAUACUACAUGAUCCUUUACUUCACCUGCCACUUCCCACCUCACCACUUAUUCCCCUACAUGGUUCACAGGUUCCAACGUUCACGCCAUUGAUGUCUGAUCCCAUUGUGCAUGUCCCAGUUAUUGAUGUUUGUUCCGCGGGGCAGGCAUACCUGGUGAGCUGUGGUCCAUCAAUAUCUUCAGCAGUUCCCCUGCUCCCUAGCUUGAAGCCUCUGCUUCCAGAAGCAGACUCGUUAGUCGAGAGAAGUGCAAGGGAAACACUAAUGAGGCUCAUAGCUUCGACACCACCUGCAAGCAAUCCUCAGUUAGUCAACAUUCUUCCUGUGGUCGUGCCAGAAAGUAUAUCUCGUGCCAAUAAUGUGAACCAGUAUGUCAAUGCAGACACCAAGGACAAAGGUUUUGGUACAUCUUGUGUUGCUGUGUUUGGAAGUGGGAUUGGAGGUGUGGAUUUGCACUCCCAGGAUGAAGUUUCAAGUGAAGAUGAUUCUCGUGAACUGUUUGCAGAAUAUGAUAGUGCCAGCAACGACUGUGAUGUACAUCAUUGCCAGAAAAUUUAGUUUGCAACAGUUUGGCACGAUAAAAAAAAAGGUAUUUGUCUAGCUAAAUGUCGGCAUGGAAUGUCAUAAUAUUUUGAGCGGCAGUUGCAUCACCAUGGUAAAUAGGGCUUUGCAGGGAUUGGUGAUUCGAUGCUAUGUAUGCUGUAUGCAGCCUUUUUUCGGCCAUAAUUUCAGUGCCCAGCCAGCACGCUUAUCUGGUUGGCAAUUGUAAUUAGUUGUUCGUACUGUAUUUCGUUUUGGCAAACUUACUACGAACCGCCAAGUUAUUUUAGUUAUUUUAUGCGCCUGUAGUCUCAUAAAAUAUGCUACCAUACAUUUCCUUUUAUAAGGCACAAGCACAUUUCCAUUUCUUUU